GUAGGUGCAGGCGCCGGCGGAAUAGCGACCGCCGCCCGUCUGGCGAAACGAGGGUACCAAGUGACGGUGGUCGAGAAGAACGACACCGUCGGGGGACGAUGCUCGUUGAUCGAGGAGAAUGGCUACCGCUUCGAUCGCGGCCCCUCCCUGCUGCUCAUGCCCGAAUACUUCGAAGAAGUCUUCGCCGCCCUCGACACGACCAUGGCCGCCGAGGGGGUCGAGCUGCUGAAAUGCAACCCGAACUACCGCAUCUACUACGCCGACGCAUCCCCGCCCCUCGACAUGUCCACCGACAUGGCAGCCAUGCAAUCCGUGGUUGAGGCGCACGAAGGCCGAUCGGGCUGGGAGCGGUUCCUGCAGUUCCUGGUGGAGGCCGGACGACACUACAACCUCUCGCGACAGCAUGUGCUGUACUCGAACUACCCACACGUGUGGAGCAUCGUGAAGCCGGGGAUGAUCCGCAACACAUUCCGACUGCAUCCGUUCACGAGCGUGUACGCGCGGGCGGCGCAUUACGUCAAGUCGGAGCGGUUGCGGCAGGCGCUCACGUUCGCGAGCAUGUACCUGGGGAUGAAUCCGUUCGAGGCGCCCGGGACGUAUUCGCUGCUGCAGUAUGCCGAGUUCGUGUACGGGGUGUGGUAUCCGCGAGGUGGGUUUCGACGGGUCCUCGACGCAAUCCACGCCAUCUCGACCCGCCACGGAGCGACCUACUGUCUCAACACGCCCGUCUCGCACAUCACCCUCUCCGCCGACCAAAAGACCGCCACCGGCGUCCAACUCACCACCGGCGAGACCCUCACCGCGGACACGGUCAUCAUCAACGCCGACCUAAUCUACGCCUACAACCACCUCCUCCCACCAACCGCCUACUCCGCCUCCCUAACCCACCGCGAAACCUCGUGCAGCAGCAUCAGCUUCUUCUGGUCCUUCAACACAACCCUCCCCCCCCUAGAAUCACACAACGUCUUUCUAGCAGCAGAAUACCAAGAAAGCUUCGACGCCAUCUUCCACGAAAAGCACCUCCCGCGCCACCCAAGCUUCUACCUCCACGUCCCCAGCCGGGUCGACGCGACUGCCGCCCCGCCCGGCUGCGACGCCGUCGUCGUCCUCGUCCCCGUCGGCAACCUGGACCCCUCCCCAUCCGCCCCCCCACACACGGCCACCCGAAAAUCCCGCCCGGAAUACUGGGACACCGUCGUGGCCCAGCUCCGCGAAACCAUCCUGUCAACGCUAGCGCAACGAACCGGCGUGCCCGACCUACGCGCCCAUCUCGUGCACGAACGCCUAGAGACCCCGCUGACCUGGCGCGAGAAAUACAACCUCGACCGCGGCGCGAUCCUGGGUCUGUCGCAUUCGUUCUUUAAUGUGUUGGGCUUCCGGCCUAAGGUGCGCCAUCCUGAUAUUCGGGGGCUGUUUUUUGUGGGGGCCAGUACGCAUCCUGGGACGGGGGUGCCGGUUUGUUUGGCGGGGAGUCGGAUUGUAUCUCAGGAGGUUAUUGGGGACUUUGAGGGG